GUUAGCAGUAGUGUUUUUAGCUUUUAGUUAUGGAUGUGGUUCUGGAUGUUGUAGCUGCGGUUCUUCUGCUCGUUCUUAUAGUGUUUGCUGUGAAACUCCGCGGACGGACUGAAGCAGCUGACCGUGAGGAUCAUCAGGAUGUGGCGGUUCGAGUCGCAGCGCGUCCGCAGGCAGACGAGCGUCCAGCAGGAAUGCCUCGCCGCCGCAGAAACCUGCACAGCCGAGUGAACGUACAGCGUGCGCAGCGGCCGUCAGACAACGAGGACAGUCCUGUGGAAGCGGAGGAGGAUCAGCCGUCUGAAGAACGUCCUCAAGCCGCUGCUAAAGUCGGAGCGAAGAAACAGAAGAAGCUGGAGGAGAAGCAAGCGAGGAAAGCUCAGAGAGAGGCUGAGCUGGAAGAGCGAGAGGAGAGGAGGAAGAUGCAGGAGCUCAGAGAUCAAGAGAGACAGAAAGAAGAGGAGACGGAGAGACUGCAGGAGCAAAAACGGGAGGAGGAGCUGCAGCAUUCCAGGGAGGAGCAGGAGCGGAAAGAGGAGGAGGAGUAUCUGCGGCUGAAGGAGUCUUUCGUGAUCGAGGAUCAGGGAGAAGCAGAGGAGCUCAGCGAACCUGAGUCUCGCAGCCUGCUGCAGGAGUUCAUCCAGGAUGUCCAGAAAUAUAAAGUGGUUUUGCUGGAGGAUUUGGCGUCACGCUUCAGCAUGCGCACACAGGAUGCUAUUGGCCGACUACAGGACCUGAUAGCAGACGGCUCCCUGACAGGAGUGAUCGACGACCGAGGGAAGUUUAUUUUCAUCACGCCGGAGGAGCUGGACGCUGUGGCUCAGUUCAUCAAGAAGAGAGGAAGAGUCUCCAUCUCUGAACUCGUUCAAGCCAGCAACACACUCAUAAACCUCACGCCUGAGCUCAAGAGCAGCGCUUAAACCUGACAUGCUGUUUUCUUUUCAAGGACUUGUAAAUAAUGCGGGAUGCAUUAAAUCAUU